AUGGUGGUGUUUUCGCUGGAAGGUGUUCGAGUCUUCUUCCCUUAUGACUCGAUUUACCCCGAGCAGUUCGCAUAUAUCCGAGCGGUCAAACGGGCCGUUGAAAUGCACGGGCAUGCUGUCCUAGAGAUGCCCACAGGCACAGGGAAAACGGCGUCGCUCAUGUCGAUCCUCACAUCCAUGCAAUUCGCGGAUCCUUCCAUGGGACGCAUUAUUUACUGCACACGAACGGUCGCUGAGAUGGAAAAGGCGUUGCUGGAGUUGAAGUUGGUGAUAGACUACAGAAUCAAGGAAAUUGAAAAGGAGAAGCUGCAGCAGAGCCUGGUGCAUGCGCAGCAGCAGCAACCUCUAGGGCAGCCAGGGCAGCCUCAGCCGGCAACAGAAGUCCCUUUACUGGGGAAAAAGAUGCGUGAGUCUGGGUAUUUGUUGGGAGUUGGGCUGUCUGCCCGGCGCAGCCUUUGUGCGAAUGGGGCCGUCAUGGCCUCCGCAGAGCGAGAGAAGAUCGAUGAAGGAUGUCGUAAACGAACGGCCCCGUGGGUGCGCGAAGCAGCCGCAGACCGCCACCAAGCCAGACUCGCGAUGCGCAGGGUUGCCAAUGCUGAAGAGAGCUCUGGAGAUGCGCCUGCAGCACCGGGCGAAGCAGCCACAGAUGUCGAGGACAUUGGCAACGGCGAUACGGCAGAGGGCCUAUGUGCCUUUUACGAAAAUUUUGAUGAAUAUUUCACGCCUCAGCACUUCCCAGCUGGUGUCUACACACUGGAAGAGCUGAAAGCUGCUGCUGUCCGGUGGCGCCAUCCUGUACUGCAGCGCCCUCUGCCCCUCUGCCCUUACUUCUUGGCGCGGCGACUGCUACAGGUUGCGAAUGUUGUCGUGCUGAAUUAUCAGUAUCUUUUGGACCCCAAAGUGUCAGAGCAGCAGCAGCAGCAGGAAGAUUGGCUGGGGACAGACACAGGAGCCUCGGUUGUCGUAUUCGACGAGGCUCACAACAUCGACAAUGUGUGCAUUGAGGCGCUCUCCGUCCACCUCAAUAAGAAUACUCUGGACCAAGCUCUCCGCAACCUAUCCGAGCUAAGCGAAGAGAUCAAAAAGCGUAAAGCAGCGGACUCAGAAAAGCUCCGCGCCGAGUAUCAGCAGCUGCUGCAGGGCAUGCAACAGCAGCAGCAACGGCGGCAGCGGCAGCAGCAUCAAUCCCAGGAAGAGCAGCCGCAGCAGAGGCAGCCCGUCACAGUUACAUCAGAGACUUUUCAGGCACUUGCGAAUCCAGUCCUUCCCUCAGACAUUGUUGAAGAGGCAAUCCCUGGAAGCAUCCGGCGAGCGGAACACUUUGUGGCUUUGAUGCGGAGGGUGAUUGCCUUCCUCAAGAUCUACAUCAAAGUCUACGACCUGAAGAGCGAAGGCCCGCUCUCCUUUCUCUUCGGCUUUGAAAAGGAGUCGUUGGUGGAGGGCUCUAUUCUUCGGCACUUUCACUCGCGUCUCAAGGCGUUGUUGCUGGCGCUCCAAGUGACAGACCUCGAGAGGCUCCUCCCUCUGACGCUCGUUGCGGACUUCUGCACCCUUGUAGGCACCUAUUGGGAUGGCUUCAUAGUGAUCGUGGAUCCGUACCCGGAGGCUUCUGGGCUGCACGAUCCGCUGCUGCAGCUCUGCUGCUUAGACGCCUCUCUUGCAAUGCAGCCCGUGCUGAAGCGCUUUAAAAGCGUCAUUCUCACGUCCGGCACCAUCUCCCCGCUCGAACUUUACCCAAAGAUACUUUCUUUUGUGCCCCUUAUAGCGGAGUCCUUCCCGGUGUCUAUGGAUCGCGCUUGUUUCUGCCCCAUGAUUGUCGCGAGGGGUGCAGACCAGGUGCCUCUAACAUCCAAGUUUGAAUACCGGCACGACUUGAGUGUCCUGCGAAACUACGCGAAUCUCCUGCUGGACCUGUGCAAGGCGGUUCCCGAUGGGCUUGUGUGCUUCUUUCCAUCGUAUGCGUACAUGGAGACUGCAAUGUCCUACUGGUACGAAAACGGAUUCCUCGCCCAAGUGCUUGAACACAAGCUGGUUUUUCUCGAGACAAAAGACGUUGUUUCCACGACCCUGGCGCUUUUUAACUUUAAGAAGGCGUGCGACUGUGGCCGGGGUGCCGUCUUCUUCUCUGUUGCCAGGGGAAAGGUCGCGGAAGGAGUGGAUUUUGACCGGCAUUUUGGGCGCUGCGUGGUUCUGUUUGGCAUACCUUAUCAAUACGCUCUUUCGAGGGUCUUAAAAGCCAGGCUGGACUUCUUGAGGGAGCGAUAUCAAAUCCAAGAGAACGAAUUCCUCACCUUUGACGCAAUGCGACAAGCAGCACAAUGCGUGGGGCGGGUGAUUCGUUCGAAGCGGGACUUCGCGAUAAUGAUUUUUGCUGACGCGAGGUUCUCACGCUCAGACAAGAGGAACAAACUGCCCCCGUGGAUCACGAGAUAUCUUGACCAAGCCCAUCUCGCACUAAAUACUGAAACCGCCGUAUCUGUUUGCCGUUCCUUCCUAAAAUCCAUUUCUCAGCCUUGCGUUUCCUCCUCGGCCCUAAGGCUGGGGGCGUCCGCCCUGGUGGACUACCAGCCUCCUGCUGCUGAUCCUGCUGAACUGCGGGAUGCCGCAGCAGCAGCACCUCCAGCAGCAACAGCUUUAGACAUUCGAAAUGCAGCCGAAACAAAAGCGUCACCGAACGCUGAGACAGUGCAGCACGCCUCAGUAUCAUAA